CGGAAGUUUCCAUGGUGUUCUAGGCAGUUCGGUCGAAACUCCCCCACCCCCACCCCCAGGGGAAAAAGGUUCGAUCGAAUCUCACUGUGUUGCGUUCCACGCACAUCCCCCCUCUGCUGUCUGCUCGCUACCCGUUCCGAGGUUCGAAAUCCCCAAAUCGUCUCGCGGAUCAGCGGGGGCCGUCGGCGACGAGCGCGAGGCGGACAUGUCCUACCUGCUGCCACAUCUGCACUCGGGAUGGGCGGUGGACCAGGCCAUCCUCGCCGAGGAGGAGCGGCUAGUCAUCAUCCGCUUCGGCCACGAUUGGGACGAGACAUGCAUGCAGAUGGAUGAGGUGCUAUCAGGUGUGGCUGAGACCAUAAAGAACUUUGCGGUGAUCUACCUUGUUGACAUCACCGAGGUUCCUGAUUUCAACACCAUGUACGAGUUGUAUGACCCGUCGACGGUGAUGUUCUUCUUCCGGAACAAGCACAUCAUGAUUGAUCUUGGGACAGGAAACAACAACAAGAUCAACUGGGCCAUGAAAGACAAGCAAGAGUUCGUCGACAUUGUGGAGACUGUGUACAGGGGAGCCAGGAAGGGCCGUGGUCUGGUGAUUGCUCCAAAGGAUUACUCCACCAAGUACCGUUACUAGGUCAUUUGUGUCUGGCUGUUCAUGUGCUAUUUCUAGCGUAUUCUGUCCGGUAAAAUGUCUGGCCACCGGUUAGGCAAGUGAACCUUAAUGCAAAUUGAAAGUAUGCCAGCUUAUCCAGUCUUGUAUCUUGGCAUCUCAUAAGCAUCUAUAAAAUCCUUAAUGAUUGUUCGAAA